AUGAUCAGCAACGGCCCAGUAAAACUAAAUGAAACCAUCGCAUUCACAAUCUCUUUGGAAAAACUCGGCACCCAAACCUGCAUGUGGGUUGACUUGGGUGAUAAUAGCUCCCUUCUCGUAUUCGGUGACGACUCUUGUCCUGGUAGGAUCGAUGUUUCUCAGGUUAACCCAAAUAUCUUGUUGGAGCCACGUUUGAAAUUCUCCUUCAAAAGUUCAGACACCCAGGAGAUUGUCAUUAAUCAUGUGUAUUCGGUACGUGUUGGUUCUUAUGACGUCAGGAUGAACGCGUCAAAUGAUGUUUCCAUGGUAACACAAGAAAUGGUCGCCGUUGUUCAGCUUUUCGUUUGUCGUAACCCCAACGUGACAGUAGUAGGUAAUUGGUUACUUAUUGGUUUUUCGUGGCAAUUACUGCGUGUUUCCCAAAACUGCAUUUAAGGAUAUUGUAUUGUAACGUCACUACAAGGAGAAACCCAAAUUGGAAUACGCCCCCAAUGAUUUCUGAAAAUCUUUGAAUGAUGGCCGAAUAACUGUUUAACAAAGCUGUAACAAUUUUUCAACCAUGAAAAGAUUGUUAUUUGGUGGGCUAUGAAUUAAGCUAAAUAUUGCAUUAGCUAUUACCAUAGCUGGAAAGAGCUUCGUAAAAUGAGUAAAAUUGCAAAGUUUGGUUGCGAAAUGUUGUAAAGUGAAGAAAAUAUAGCGCUGUGCAUUUCGCAAAUUUUGUAUAUACUUGCAUUACGCGCGAGAAAAAUAACCAUUUUUGAGCCGCAAGUGGUUAUUUUUACUGCGCGUAAUACAAAUAUAUACAAUAUUUGCGAACUUCACAGAGCUAGCAACCAAUUUCUUCACAGAGCUAGCUUCACAUUUAGCAACCAAUCUUUGCAGUUUUACUCAUUCUAAGACGCUCUUUCUAGCUGUGGAGUUGGAUUUCGUUCUUCUUCCCUUGAUCAAAAUUUAGUCUGCAGCUAGAAUCGCCCAUUAUUAAUACUGUUUUAUUUUUUCAUUACUCAGGUUUAUCCCCAAAUUCGUCCAACGUCUUAAAUGCAGCUCAAGUCUACCGCUCGAUGCCCAUAGCUUUGUCAACCGAGAAUGUUAUAGAUUGCGAGAUGACGGACAGAACGAAAACAAAGUGGACUGUAUUCAAAUUUGAGGACGAUCCUCGCGUUCUGAGAACGGUUCCCAUUUCCAGUUUAAGAAAGACAGCGUAUCACUCGGAUAUUUCUACCUCGGAGCUUUUACUCCCCGGAAGAGAUUUAUCAUAUGGCUUCUACGAGAUUAGUGCCCGGGUAGAAAUGACUGGUUUACCGGAUGUAUUUGGAAGUGAUUCAGUUUAUAUCCAGGUGGUGCAGACUCCUUGGCUUGAGGCUGCUGUCAUUGGCGGGUCAUUUUAUACUGCGCCUUUUGGAUUUAUUGUAAGCUGUCUAUUUAUUAUUAAUAUACUCUAAAAACAUCCUGAUAAUAUAACAAAUUAGAAGGAGGUCCAUUUUCGCUAGAUGUACGAGAAGCGAUGUACAACGGACCGGUUGUUCAAAGCUGGGUUAGCUUAGGUUAACCCAGGUUAACCUAAAAUUCAAAUUAAAGCAAACUUCCCCACAGCUAGUCUAUAAAUUUGGAAAUAUUUCUUCAGAAAUCUUGGCUGGGUCGAUAGACGUUUACUUUUCUGAAGUUUUGAAAUAAACAGACGUGUAGAAAUACACAAACUAAAACGGCAGAUUAAAUUUUAACCCAGGGUUAGCACUAACCCACCUUUGAACAACCGGUCCCUGGUUAAAAAUUUUCUCAUCUAAAAUGAACCCUCUUUGGGGUAACAUAAUGUUCCGGUUAAAUUUCCAGGUUAAUUUAACCACAAUCCUGGUUAACUUGUUCAUAGUUCUGGCUAAUAUAACCAGGCUAUAUGGUUAUGGCUGAACCAGGUUAUGUUAGGUGCAUUAUUAUAACCAGGAAUUCGUGGUUAAUAGUAAAAAAUUGUGAACAUUUUUAUUCUUUACGUUUCGACUAUAAUUUAAGUCAUCUUCUUUUUCUUUUUUCUUCUGAAGAUGACUUAAAUUAUAGUCGAAACGUAAAGAAUAAAAAUGUUUACAAUUUUCGAAGUGUCUAUUGUUUUGUGUUUUAUUAAAAUACUCUAUGGCAACCGCAAUUUUUCAAACAUUAAGCCUUGUUAAAUUAGGCACGAUAGUGAUCAAAUUAACCAGGACUGUGGUUCACGAAGUGAUUUUUUCAAUCGUUGUAAAAUUGCUUGAGAAGUGAUACGACUACGAAAUUAUUGGGGUUUUUUUCUUAUUUCCAGGGAAUUUUAAAUUCCUCCGCGUCUUCGGAUCCAGACUUUUCCGCUACAGAUGGCAUGAGUUCUGUUUGGUAUUGCAGAGGUGGUGAAGAUCUUGAAUUCAUUUCAUCGAACCUAACUCAUGAACCGCUUGUCUCCAACGAUGAUCCCGUUCCCCUGCUAGCAAAUGAGGUAAGUGAGUCAACAAUGUGGUUACGGGUUCAUUAUUACAGUCGGUUUCACAAAACGUUUAUACCAAAAUGUCCAAACUUCGUUCCGAAGUUCGCAAAGUUCGUUUCGAAGUUCACAAGUUCAACAUUGAAAUUCACAAGCCGGUUUGUAAACAAGACCUCUGAUUGGUCCAUGAAUUGAAAGAAGCCAAUCAAAUACUUAGUUUACAAAUCAGUUUCUGAACUUAUGAACUUGGAAACUUCAAACUGUGGAACUUCGAAAUGAACUUGCAAACUUUGAAACGAAGUAAUUCGGAACAUUUUGACAAAUGUUACGUGAAAUCGACUGUAAGGCUCCACUUCGACCGUAUCGUAUCGUAACGUAUCGUAGCAUUUUCUUUUGUGUCGAAGUCAUUGGUUCCACUCUAGCGCUCAGGAAACAAAGAAACACGCUACGUUUCGGAACGAUGUACGAUUGAAGUGGAAAACUGAAAUAAGACAGAUUUAUAGAAAGACGACGAGGCAAACACGACGACUCAAUUUCAGCUCCAGAUUGAGAUCCAAGGAACUUGAUUAACAUAAGAAGUUGAAGCUUUUUAAAAUAUCUAAUUAAAUUUCUAACUCAGAUUUUUAGCUGAAAGAAUCGAGGUUUUUAUCAAAUUGGUAUGGCUAAUUGGCAGCAUUUUUGCAUCAUAGCGCUCGGGCAAGGAAGUAAAAAACUUUUAAAAUCUUAUGUUUUGCCAUAUGUGUGGAAGAUUACCACAAACUGACACAAACAUAGUUUCUAAUCCAGCCCCCAAUCUGACGUCCGCAUUGGCAAGAAGAUCGCUUGCUUAAUUAGGCUGGUUAAUGUUGACUGGGAUCGCUUAUUAAUCGUGUGUUGAGUUUGUGCUGAGACAAAUUGGUCAGGUGGUAGAGCUUUCUGGUAUGCCAAUAAGCCGAAAAUACCGCAGUAUUUAAGUAGAAAAUAGAACCAGUUAUAAGAAGCGACUCUGCUAGAUUUCAUACUAACUACCUGUUUUAUAAUAACUAUAGCCUACUACAGGCUUUCUUAUGUAUGUUUUUUUUUAUAUGCCGGCAGGAUAGCACAUCACUUUAUAUUCCUUUCUUUCCAGUCUCGUGGCUGUUUUGGAUCGGGUCGAGGACGCAUAAAUACUACAAAUUCUACACUUCAAUUGGACACAAGGAAGAUGAUUCAGAAGAAAACGUAAGUCGUUCAUGGAGUUUUCAAAUACCUAAUACAUAACCAUUCCUCAUCUGAAAAAUUUGGCAUUAAAAAAUCAAAAAAUCAUGGGUUGGAUCAGCCAUGCACUUAUGUAUAAUAUAUCAAUUUGUUUUUUUUAGUUAUGUUAUUCUGCUUGUGGUAUCUACAAGUCAUCCAGAGUUUGGUAUCCGUCAAGCUAUGACCACAAUCUUCUUUCGUGUGGAGUCUGGAAUCCCACCACAGCUGCAAACCAGGUACGAUAUACAUAUACUUAAAAUAUGUUCAAAUAAAUGCCGCGUUCAAACAAACUACUCAUCAAUGAUGCCCCGAUACCAUGCAACAGUGUUGAAUUUGUGGGGUAAAAUCGCCAGAUUUAUCGUAAUUGAAAAGGUGUGCUUUAAAAUAUUUGUGAAAGAAACUAUACCGUAUAAAAUCAGUGGUGUAACUUAUUAAACUUAACUACACCUUUACCACUUGCCAUCAUGCAGGACAAAUGAAACAUGAAUAAACUGGUUGCCGGAAUAAAAUCCACAUUGGUUGCCAGAAUAAAAUCCACUUCGCCUGCACAUAUUAACAACAUUUGAAGCAAAUAAGGAUUCAUUAAUCACCAUUCGAGUAUCAUGUUUUCCUUUAACCAAUUCAAUUGAAGAUUUGGAGUGUUGAUUUCAGCUGCUUUUGUUAAUAAAGAAUAAAAAAACAGAAUAAAAAACAAAAUUUGAAUAUUUUUGGUUCGAGUCAAUGUGUUUGAUCCGUUUGAACAAACCUUUUUUAAAACCUUAAAAGGUUUUAAGAAACCUCUUUCUGUCUGUCUUUCAUUGUAUACUUGCUUUUUCCCGUUGUUACAGCUGCUACAAAAACUGUAAAGAUAAAAUAAUUUCUGAUGAGAAAACUAUACUACAGUCGGAGUGCUCGGCAUUCUGCUCUGGAGAGUUGACGUUCAGUUGGUCGUUAUAUUGUUACGACGACAUCAACACCCCUGAACCUUUGAACUUGUCGUCACUGCACGAAGUUCCUCAAAGUGAAUUUCAGGAUAUGGUCUAUAAUCCAAUCAAUGAACUGGAUCUUGCUAUCAAACCUUACUCGUUACGACCUGGCAAGAAAUAUACACUAGCAUUCCGAGCUACGCGUCCGACUGGUGCCUUUGGGGAACUGAGAACUACUCUACUCGUGAAUUCGCCGCCAGCUGGUG